AUGGGUCCAGUUGAACCUAGUACUUCAAUAUCUCAACAACAACAACAGCAGCAACAACAACAACAACAACAAGCACAAAAACCAAAACGAAGAUCUCGUUCCAAUGAAAGAAAUUCCCAUGAAAAUAAUCGACAAAAAUCUCGACGAAAUGCUCGUUCAAGAAGUGGAGACCGUGAAUCGUCAUCCUCAAGCAGUGAUAAUAAUCGUGAAGAUGAUCAUGGAAGUAUGGAUGAUGAUGAAGAUGAUGAUGAUGCAAGUAUUAGUGAUCGAAGUUCAAGAGGAAGUUCAUCAAUGAAGCAAACUACUGGAAUUCGAUGGGAUUAUCGAAUGAAUCAUGUCGGAAGAAGAAUAAAAGAAACCAAAGCAUUUUGUUGUCUCAAUUGUCGAUAUCCAGUAUUACUUGUUGGACGAUUAUUGCCUUGUAAACAUGCAGCUUUUUGUUUACAAUGUGCUAAUGAAUGUAAAAAUGAUCGCCGAAAUUGUCCAAAAUGUAAUGAUGCAAUAACUGAUGUAGAGAAAAUAGAAGCAAAAAAUCUUAUACUUUGUUUUCAUGGUUCACAUCCACAUUCUCAAGAUGCUUGCCUUCGAGGAUAUACUUCACAACGUGAUCUUCAAGCACAUGUUAAACGACGUCAUGAACAAACAACACAACCAGGACAAACACGUCUUGAUUCUCCACAUCAAUUACUUCCUCCUACAACUGCUUUUCCUGGUCUUGUAGUUGAUCCUCAACAGCAGCAACAACAACAACAACAACAAUCUCAAGGUCCUCCACCAUUAAUGCCGUUUCCACCAAUGAAUGUUUCAGCAAUGGCACCACCACCACCUCUAUUUGAUAUGGGAUUUCGUCCACAAAAUUAUGGACUUACACCACAACAAUUUGUGCCACCUCAACAGCAAUAUCGACCACCACCUUAUCCACCUAAUCGACAAUUUUACUAG